AAGAGAAGUAUGCUGUGAGGCUUUUGAGCUUCCUUAAAGCAUCAGAAGCAGAAGCAGGUCUCCCUUACAAUACAUAUAUAGGCCCAUCCAUCAGGAGAAUCAAGAGUUCAAAAGAAAGACAUGGAAGAUAAAACUCGCCAUCCUCACUCUGCUCACAAUGAUGAAACUGAAAUCGUACGAUCAACUAGAGAUCUCCCACCCGCUCAUUAUAUAUUUCGAAUCAAGAAUUUCUCAUUACUGUUAGAGAUGGAAGAUGAAAAAUGUGACUCCGGCCAGUUUGAACUUGGCGGCUACCAAUGGAAAUUGGUACUUUACCCAAAUGGGAAAAAGAAUAGCAAUGGGAACGGUCACAUCUCUCUAUACUUGGGAAUAGCAAGUACCGAUGAUCUUUCACUUGGGUGGGAGGUUAAUGUGAACAUAAGAUUCUUUGUGUUUGAUCAAGUCCGAGACAAUUACCUGAGUGUUCAAGAUGUAAAUGGGAGAGUAAGACGCUUUCAUAAUUUGAAGACUGAAUGGGGAUUCGCCCAGUUGCUUUCUCAUGAUACUCUCAAUGAUCCUUCAAAUGGUUAUCUUGUGGAUGACAUGUGUGUCUUUGGGGUGGAAGUUUUUGUUAUCAAAGCUACUUGUAAAGGGGAGAGUUUGUCGAUGGUAAAUGAACCUCAACAUGAUUAUUUCACUUGGAAGAUUGACAAGUUUACUGACAUGAAAGAUGAGGAAUACUACUCGGAGCAUUUCAUUGUUAAAGGGCAAAGAUGGAAGUUGAAUCUCUAUCCGAAGGGAAGUGGAACAGGAUUAGGCACAUGCUUGUCUCUCUAUCUCAUUCUAGAUGGUUCAAAAAGUCUUCCUCAUAACAGAAAAGUGUACGCAAAAUACAAGCUGCGUAUAAGGGACCAAAUCAAUAGCAAUCAUCUUGAAAAUACAGCUGAGUAUUGGUUUUGUGGUACCAACAUCGGUUAUGGUUGCACCGAAUUUUUGACACUGGGAGAUCUCAGGGACACGUCAAAGGGCUACUUAGUUGGUGAUGCUUUGUUUAUUGAAUGCAAAAUUGAUGUUAUAUCCGUUGUUGAGGAUUUCUCCUCAAAUUAG